CACUUGUAAUUACGCUAGAAGAUUGAUCCUAAUCUUUGUUUACUGUUGUAAUCUCAUUAUUUCGUAAUUUCUCUCUCUCUGAGAUAGAUAAUAUGUCUGAUGACCUGGAUCUUGAGAUAGAGGAUGUGUUGGUUGAGAUGAAGAAGCUCUCUAUGGAGUGGAGAUUAAUGUUGGAGGAGAGGGAGGAGGAGAAACGUUCUCUCUCAAAUCUGAAAACUAAACAUAGUCUUCUAGAGGAUAAACUUUAUAAGACUGAAGGUGAACUAAAGGAUUCUCUUGAGCUGGUUAAAGAACUGAGUUCCCAGCUCACCGGGCUCCCUGAUGCUAGGCUCAACAUCUCGGAGCUGAAGAGGGAGGAGUUGCGCCUAAAAUCUGAACUAGAGAAAAGGGAGGUUGAGUUGCUUGAGCUGAGAUCAGGGACUGAAGGAAAGCAUAAAGAAAUGAGGAACAUGUUAAACCUGGAGAAGAGUCUUCAGGAGAAGAAGAAUGCUGAGUGCAUAGCUCAGGUUCAGAGACAGUUCCAACAGAAGAUUGAGAACAUGGAAAAUGCGUGGAAAAGUGAGAAAUCCCUCCUUAUCAGCAGACUAUCAGAGCAAGAGGAGAAAAAUAAGAAGAUGAAGAAAGAGCAUCUGGAUGAACUGAACUUGAUCCGGAAGAAGAAUAUGGAAGAUAAUUUCAGGCUCAGGGAAGCGUUUGAUAAACAAAAUAGGUGCAGAAUGGAAGAAUCCAGCCGAAAAACUGACAAUAGUGCAGAAAACAUUGUGCGUCAGGAUGAAUUCUCUUAUGGGAACCGAGGUGAUCAAACCCCAGGAUUGUUCAAGGUUCCUCAAGCCUCAGGUUCCCCAUACAGCUGGGGAACUAGUUUGGGUCGGGGACACAUGCAAGUUCAGAAUAGGGAACAAGAACUGAUCUCCGGACAUUCUGGGUUCAGGGGACAUAGAGAAGAAACUGACCAUCCCGUAGAUCAAAGAUCAUUUUUAAAUGAAACCACUGAUAAAUCUAACAACGAUAUCCAUGGUCUAGAAAGAUACUGGAAGGAUUUAAACCAGAAGGAACUGCAUGCUCAGGACUGGAGAAAUCCCAAAGAGUCUCCUAGUAAAAGUCUCAUUUCAAGACAGAAUGAUAUAUCUGGAGGAACAGAGAACAGUCCUGAAGGAAGCAUGAUGAAUGAUCAGUUGAGUAGAAACAGAUAUGAUUUGUCUGGGAUGAGAGUAAUCAGAACAUCAGAUAGGAGAGAAGAGAGAAGCAUUGAACAACCCGGAAGGGAGAAAGAUAAUUCUUAUUACGGAAUAAGGAAGGGAAUGAUAUCAGGUCUUAUGGGAAGCAGGACUUCAAGGGAAGAACAGACACCAGCAAGGACGGAUAAGUUUACGACCUCAAGGGAGGAAGAAGACUCCUCAGUUAAGAGCUCCGAAGAAAGUGAAGUUCAGAAUAUGCUGGAGUUGGAACGAGCCAUCUCUAAUUAUGCGGAAAACAACCAGAAUGAAAGAAAAAGAGAAAAUAUUUACAAAUCAGAACAGUCUGUUUUAUCUUCAGUCGAUAGUAACUCCCAUAGUGCUCAUAAUAGCGGUAUUAGCAGACCAAGUUCUGCCAUGAAGAAAGUAACGUUCAACUUUCCAGACGAAUCGGAAUUACCAAGUCGUAAGAAAUUGAGAAGAGAAGACACGCCAAUGAAGGUCCCUGGUCCAAUGGCCAAGGGUUCAAUUCCCGGAUUUUUUAACAGUUUCGUGGAUAAUUCGCUGGGGGAUCCAGGCUCAAAGUUUAGCAGAGGAGAUCCUUCAACAAGUAGUCUAAGAUCGGAAAUAAACAGGGCUGAAAUGAAACGUAAAAGCGGACAUGGAAACAAAGGUCAGAGUUCUAAACCUAGAUACAGCGGAGGAGGGAUGUUUGCUGCUGCAGCUCAACUAUUCGGAGAUGCUUGUCCAGAUCUUACUCUACCAAAGGUUGAGAAGAUGUACAUAUCUCCAGGAGAAACCAAGGGUCAAACAUCAGACUUUCAGUUCAACUCAGGGGACUCACAAACCAUUUCAGGACCAGACACCGAAACUGACAGGAACCCUGAGCUGCAAAGGAAGAAAAGAAAACUCUACUCAGAACCUAACGAUCCAAAAAUCCUAGAAUUUUAAUCUAAAUCAAGUCUCCAAGGAGCUUAAAUGAUAUUAACAACAUUAUUAUAUUUUUAUGUUUAGAAAACCUGUAAAUCUUUUUUUGUGUCUUAAGUAGUUUUAGACCAUUUCCGUUAUGAAUUUUAAUACUUAAUGAAGAGAAAGGA